AUUCUGCACACUCAAGAAGUGAGAUAACAUCAUUAUCCAAUGAACCCAUUCACAAUGAAAAGGAAAAAAUUAUAAAUAAUGAACAUGAAAAAUGGAGAUAACAAAAAGGAUCCAAUGAAUGUAUUGUGUAAUUCAAUCUCACCUUUAUAUCUUCUCUCUUUUCUAUUAAUUUUCCUUCUUUUUCUUUUCCCCCUUUUCUCUCUCCCCUGUGCCAGCUUUAUGGCCUGCCUUUCUUUUGCUUUUCUACCUCAUUCUGGAUUCCUUUGCUUUAGGCCUUCAAUUCGCAGAAUGAUAAAACCAAUUGGGUCUCUUGCGCUUUACUUCAAAAACUCAGUACUCUGCUUCAAGGAGAAAAACGAAUGGGUCAUUUGGAUGUUAAGUUCCUCUUCUUCAUCCUCACCAGUCUCACACUCUGUUGCUCAGGAUCUCGACUGGCUUUGUCGUAUGAUGCAAGGAGCAUCAGUUCAAAGGCGACUGUUCUCUCUCUCUUGAAAAACAACGAGAAACUUGCCAUGAAAACAAGGUUGCUUGUUUCAAGCCCCCAAAUCCUAGAUGGGCUGUGUAACUGUGCAAUGACCUUGGAUCUUUUUGUAUCCAGAGAAGAAAUCAACAACCUGCAGAACUCAGAAACACUAGCAAUUCCCUGGAUUAAAAGCCAUUUAAUCAGAUUCCUCCCCUGUCUCAAUAUCAGCAGCAUCAUUCUGAGUGGAGAAAUUUCAAACAAGAAAGAGUUUGCAUCACUCUUGUCGACCUUAAACUCCAUUAGUUCUGCCCUAGUUCACCUCAAGCUCAAUCAUGGGAUCAAGGUCUCUGUCGCUCUUCCACUGUCAUUCUUAGAGGACAUCUCCACUGUACCCCAUGCACAGCAGAAGAAUUUCAUGAAAAUACUGCAGUUGAUCACAGAUUUCCUGAGAGAUACAGGGUCCUUCAUGGUAGUCGAAACCUCAAUCAGUAGAAAACUCGAGAUGACCAACCAUAAUUUCCAGUCACUACACUAUUUCAUCAAUCAAAUCAUGGUUUUUGGUUUUCCAUAUUCAGAAAUUCCAGUCUAUGUAAUACUUAAGAAUUCCCCAGAAUCCUAUUAUAAAGCAAUAGAAAAAGCCAUCGAGAAAGAAACCCAGAGCGUGCCUCGAAUUCAUGCAAUUUUUAGAGAGAUAAACCCGGAGAAAGAAAACCCAAAUAGAGUUUUAGUCCAAAAAGAAAAUGAGAACUCUGUUUCCAAUCGAAGAGAGCUCGAUGAAGCUAACCCAACUCUGGUCCCAGUAAACCCAACCACACCCUUGAUAACUCCCUCAGUCCCAACUAUAAAUCCGGUCACUACACCAGGCCCUGUCAUCACCAAUCCCGUCACUACGCCUGUCACGAACCCAGUUACAACACCUACAACUGUAACCACCAAUCCCAUCAUGACUCCUCCCACAAGUCCAGUAACAACACCAGUCACAACCCCGAUCACAGUAACCCCACCAACAACCACUAUCCCUUCCACCACACCCAUCACAGUCCCGCCUACCACUCCAGUAGUGACACCAGUGACAAAUCCAGUACCCACACCUGGCACCAAUCCCAUCACGACACCAGUUGUGACACCGGCCACACCAUCUGGCACUAUCCCAACCAAUCCAGUGACUACACCGACGACCACAACUUCGCCUGGAGUAGCUGGGCAGGGCUGGUGCGUGGCAAAGACUGGCGCGUCUGACACGGCAUUGCAGCUUGCUUUGGACUACGCUUGUGGAAAAGGUGGGGCAGAUUGCUCGGCCAUACAACAGGGAGGAGUGUGUUAUAACCCCAGUACAGUUCGAGACCAUGCUUCCUAUGCCUUCAAUAACUAUUACCAAAGGAUUCCAACCCCAAUUAGCUGUGACUUUGGGGGAACUGCCAUGCUCGUUACUACCAAUCCAAGUUCUGCGUCUUGUGUCUACCAAUCUGCCAGUACCAGCUCAAGCUCAUCUGUGCUGAACACAAGCAACCCUACGGGUGCCACAGUUUUCGGAACAGACCCUCCCAGUGCAAGCAAUGCUCAUUCACUCUUAGCCAGCAUGCCCUUGAUGCUCAGUGUGCUAUCCUUGAUGCCACUACUCAUAGUUUGAAACAGCUCACCUCAAUCCAAGCAUUUUGAGUACAGAGAUGUGGUAAGAAAAGGCCUACUUCUCAUCCUGAAGAUCAUUGUAUUUGAUGUAAUAUAAAAGGCUUCAGUGUACUAACCACGGUCCUGAUCAAACUGUGUCCAAAUAGCAAUGCAGAUCCAAAUGAUUAACAUCUGGUUGUACCUGUAACUCCUUGGUAGGUCAAGGUUUCUGUUAGAAGGUCAGCAUUUGUAAUGAAAAAAUGCAGGAGAAUCUUUGUUCAUUC